AUGUCGGGACGAGAUAGCGGAGGAGACAUCUUAGACAUGGCCAAAGAGGGCACAACUGUUCCAGAAGAUAGUGCCGUGCCUAGACACAUCAAAUCGGUGCCUCGACCAGGUGAAGGCGCUGAAGACUCGGAUCCAAACCAACUAGGAGCCAAGAACCUGGCAGAUGCUGCCACGAAUGCCACGGAUAUUCCACGAAGUAACCAGGAUACAGCCAGCUCUGAGAUUGUGAGCGGCACAGGCGAUGCUCUUCCUUCCCAGAUCGACUCGAAACGUCUACACAACGUACCUGGCGGUGUUACACAUGACCCUGAAGCUAAGGGGAGCACAAGAUAUACAGCACACCAUGUAACACAGAAUGACUUCGACAAAGGAGCAGGUGCUGGUUCAGCAGUUGACAGAGCCCCUGGUGAUGAGAACUUGACCGAUGCCGAAGCUGCCGACAAAUUGGAGCGAAAAGAGGUUUAA